CCCAGGAGCAUGCGCACCUCGGUGUAAACAGGAAGAACCGACUGAAACCAGGUCAUAUCCACCAUAAGAGAAGAAUAUGAUCGGAGCAAAAUUAACGCAAGUCUUAUUUAUCUUUACAUAGUUGCCUACAAAGCAAUGUCCUUUACUACCUGAUAUCAGUUUCAAUAAGGACCAGGUGCGGCAUUUCGUGAAUUUUGAUAGAUUUGCUAAUACCUUACGCUAGCCGUCGGUAGACAGACAGUGACGCGCUUUAUCUCCCUUAGGUUUUGCUUGACGAAUUUACCUGCCUUCGUAAAGUGUAAAUCCAUUUUUGUCCCUUUGAGUUCGCCGGAACUUGGUAAUUUUACACAGAGGGAAAUUGCCAAAAAUGGUUCAAAAAGACAAGACGCUAGAGACGCCUCAAGUGGACGCUGAGCCGAGCCCCAGCCCAGUCUCCGGAGAGGCUUGUGCCGAGGCCCCCGGAUCGGUGGAAGAGUCCGGUAUUGGAGUCGAACCGACGGGCCACAGAAAAUUUAUUAGUGGAGUCGUGGAAGGUUUUUAUGGGCGACCAUGGACAAUGGAACAGAGGAAAGAACUGUUUAGGAGGCAGCAGAAAUGGGGACUGAAUACAUAUUUAUAUGCACCCAAAGAUGACUACAAACACAGAAUGUUCUGGAGAGAGCUUUACUCAGUGGAAGAAGCAGAGCAACUCAUGACUCUAAUUGGUGGCAAAGAGCACGGGGUAGAGUUCAUCUAUGCUAUUUCCCCUGGACUGGAUAUCACCUUCUCUAAUCAAAAAGAGGUUUCUGGCCCUCAAGAGAAAACUGGAUCAGUUUCACACUUUGGCUGCAAGUCAUUUGCCUUACUCUUUGAUGAUAUUGACCACAACAUGUGCCCCGCUGAUAAAGAGGUGUUCAGCUCAUUUGCACACGCUCAGGUUUCCAUCACCAAUGAAAUCUACCAGUACCUGGGGGAGCCUAAAACCUUCCUCUUCUGUCCCACCGAGUACUGUGGAACCUUCUGCUACCCCAGUGUCUCUCUCCCCUACCUCCACACAGUAGGAGAAAAGCUCCUUCCUGGCAUUGAAGUGCUGUGGACAGGCCCCAAAGUAGUGUCUAAGGAUAUCACUGUGGAGUCUAUUGAGGAAGUGUCUAAAAUCCUCAGAAGAGCCCCUGUAAUCUGGGACAACAUUCACGCCAAUGAUUACGAUCAGAAGAGGCUUUUCUUGGGUCCAUACAAAGGUCGUUCCACAGAGCUCAUUCCUAGACUGAAGGGCGUCCUCACCAACCCUAAUUGCGAGUUUGAGUCCAACUUUGUAGCUAUUCACACUCUUGCAACCUGGUACAAGUCUAACAUGAAUGGUGUUCGCAAAGAUGUCGUCAUGACGGAUGGUGAGGACAGCACAGUAUCCAUCCAGAUCAAGUUGGAGAACGAAGGCAGUGAUGAAGAACUAGAGACUGACAUGCUCUACAGCCCCCAGCUCGCCCUAAAACUGGCUCUCACAGAAUGGCUCGGGGAAUUUGGUGUGCCUCAUCAAUACAAUAGCCGACAGGUGCCUCAGAGCGGUGCCAAAAGCACAGCUAUCGAUGUGUCAUCCAUGGCUGCUCCUUCACUCUGCUCGUCUACGACCGUCACAACUGUAUUUCAGCAGCCAAUCAUGUCUCCUGCCAUGCCUCCUCUCUGUCUGGAUCCACUCUCACAUCCUAUGGCAAAAAGAACUCAGGAGGAAGAGGAGUACCAUGUGUUUUUCAGGUGGAGGUUGAAAAAAAAGGACUCUGAUGAGGAGCCCAUGGAGAUGGUAGUUGAGAAGCAGGAUGAACCGGAGCCAGAAGCAGAGGGCGACCCAGAGGGCAAGCAUGUUGGUCCUGUCUUAGCUGACAAAAUGGCGGAAGACUUGAAGCCCAUGGAUACAGACAAAGAGAGCCUGGCAGAGUCCAAGUCCCCUGAAGAGUCUAUCCAGGAGGACUCUGGGAGUGAUAUCGCCCCCAUGCAGACAGAUGAUCAGCUCAAACAGGAUGUGUUUGUGCCUGGUCCCAAUGAGAAGCCCCUGUUACAGCUGAACUCCACACUUGAGGAUUUGAGCUUGUUGGCAGAACUUUUCUACCUGCCUUAUGAACAUGGACCUAAAGCCAUGCAGAUGUUGAAGGAGUUCAACUGGUUAAGAGCCAACAGCAGUGUUGUCAGUGUGAACUGCAAGAGAAAGGAGGCUGAAAAGGUAGUGGAAUGGCAGUCAAGGGCCGAAAAAUUUGAGGACAUGUGCUGCUCAGUCAUCCACAUGUUCACACGUCUGUCCAAUUCAGCGAACAGAACCAUCCUCUACGACCUCUACCCUUACAUCUGGGACAUCAAGAGCAUAAUUUCUAUGGUCAAGUCUUUUGUCCAGUGGCUAGAUGGAAGAAUCCAAAGUACAAGUUUCUACUGCUAUUGGAUCGACAGUGGCCGAUGGUGUCGUAGUCAGUCCUCAGCACAAUUCCUUAGAGGAGACCAAGAGCCCUGGGCCUUUAGGGGAGGUCUAGCAGGAGAGUUCCAGAGGUUGUUGCCAAUAGAUGGGGCAAACGAUCUUUUCUACCAGCCUCCACCUUCAAUGCCAACGUCCAAAAUCUAUUCCAUGCGGCCGUACUUUCCCAAAGAUGAGGCUGCUGUUUAUAAAAUCUGUAAGGAAAUGUACUGUGAAGGAACGGAGGAUGUUCCUUUUCCUGAAGAGGAUCCUGACCUCAUCGGCGACAGGUUAGUAGGAGGUCUGCUGACUUUGAGUCCAGACUACGGAUUUGUGUUAGAAGAUGAGGAAGGCAUCUGCGGGUAUGCCCUUGGCACUGUGGAUGUUAAGCCCUUCAUCAAGAAAUGCAAGCUGAACUGGAUUCCCUUCAUGCAAGAGAAAUAUCACAAACCUGACUGCCAGAAGGACCUCACUGAGGCUGAGAAAAUGAUGUUAAGUUUCCACGAAGAAGAGGAGGGUCUUCCAGAUUCGUUUCUAUCCAACUUCCCCUCUCUCAUCAAGGUUGACGUUCAUGCCAAGGUCACUGACCCAAGUGUGGCCAAAAGCAUGAUGGGAUGUCUGUUAUCCUCCCUUAAAGCCAAUGGGUCCCACGGUGCUUUCUGUAAAGUUCGACAGACUGACAAGAGAAUGUUGGACUUCUACAGUAAGCUCGGAUGUUUUGAAGUGGCCAAAAUGGAGGGCUUCCCCAAAGACGUCAUCAUUAUGGGACGAAGUUUAUGAGGAAACGUCCUGCAACAGUAACAGAGAAAGAGAGCGAGUCAACACGGCUUACAUGAUUGCUACGUUCAUGAAGAAAAACUUCCAUGAUGAUUUUGUAGUACAUUACCAUCUGGGCUAGCCCCGGGAAACCUGUUUUUAAUCUUUGUGUACAGAAGCACAACGGCGCUCACACAGGUUUCCAGAGCUGUCCUUAGAUGUUGUGGUUCUUUUGAAAUAACCAGAUCUGAAGCUAUAAGGCCAAGCAGUGGUCUGUAGUCAACUGAUGUGAGCCAACUUGGAAGACUGGCACUCCAGCAUUGAUUUCUGGGGUACCACUACUUAUAUAUGUAUAAAUAUACCUCCAGGAGGCAGGAAGUGACAACUCCAUUAUCGUUUUUCUGAUUUAAUCCAGCAUCAUUACCUGGAUAUUGUCCACAUGACCCCUAAUGCAAAGUGUUUGUAUCAGAAGUGGAGGCAGAGCUGUGAAAUGAGGACAAGCUCUGUCUCAGGUAGUGUGUUACUACCCUCGCGUCCUGCUUUCCCAGCUUUGAUACAGAGAAAUAAUACAGCUGGAGACAGAAAUAGGACAUCUUUAUACAAAAUGGGAGGUGCAGGGUAAGAUUUUGCCUUUCACUACCACAUCAUGGUAUUUCAAAAAGCUCCACAAUAGGCUUGGAGAAAGAGGCCUUUUAAAUGGGGUCUGACUCAAAUAUAAAGCCACGAGAAAUGUUGAGUCUGUGCACAAAAGGAUGGGAAAUUGCAGCUUUUGGAAUAUGUUAAACCUCCAAUAGUACCGUUGGAUCGUCACAGGCCGGCAAAUGAAAAGUAUUUGUUCAGAUGUUUCAAGACCUAAAUAUGUCCUCUGAAUUUCUGCUUGAGUGGAAGACAGUAGGAGUCCGGCAGAAAAGCGUCCAUGAGUUUACAAACAUAGCUCUCAGACUGUCUCUACUCAGCACUUUGCUUUGGCCAUUUCCAUUUUUUUUUUUUUUUUUUUUUUUUUUUGGUAAUUCAGCAUUUUUGCUUUCCCCUCCCUUUCAGUUAUUGCCUUUUGGUUCUUUGCCUUUGAAUUUUAGGUUUCUACGCUGCAAGGGCCCUGGUGUCUUCUGCGUAAAUGCUUUCCUACAUGUAUCUGUUCAGUAGAUCUAGAGGAGGGAGAUUUUGGACAUAAGCCUUGUUGUUGCACAAUUCAGAGAUGUAGCUUACUUUUCCAAUGAAAUAGGUAGUCACAUGUCUUAGCUUUGGCCUAAUAAACUCCAAACUCCAGCACAGAAAUCCUUCAGGAAGUAAAGUUUGACCAUCCAGCAGUUUAAGUUAUGCAAAAUGCUUCAUUUACUAAAGGUUUUGGAAAAUGUUAGUUUUGUUCAUAAAGUUGUUUUUAAAGUCUAAGCAGUAAAAAUGUUAAUCUUUGUUCUUGAAAGGGACAGUAAUUCUAAUGUCCAAGCUCUUUAUUAGACAAAUGCAGAAUUUUUUGGCAACAUUUCCCAUUGGAAAUAGUCCCAAAAAUAGGAAUCAAAGAGAUGUGGAAGCAUAACCCUCCCACUGUCCCAAAGCUGCUGAGUCCUUAAACAGUACUUGACUGUAAAGCAGCAGGCAAUACGAGCUCCACUCUGUCCAAUAGACUGCGGUUUGUGUUGUCGGGUAGAUUUCAGCACUCGGUGGUAAUUAAUCAGUUUACGUCAGUCAUGUUGCACCCCUUCCUGCAUUAUUUUCAUCAUUGCAUACUCUCAAAUGAAUGUUUUCUCAGUUGAGCUGUAACAAGCGCACUUAGGAUCGCCAAGGUUAUUAAACCCUGUCACCAAAUGUCACCGAAGUGGCACUGACUCCCACACGAGCGCACUGUGGGUGUGGAACAGAAAUUCCUAGGCCUUUUCCUAUCUGUCUGUUGAAUGUUUUAUAUUGACGUAUUUGUUUUUGGUAAUCUAUAUAGAUAACAAAAAAGCACUUUGAUUAUAGAUAGGAGUGUUCUGUUGGUUAUAUGAGGAUCAUCAGUUGCUCUUCAGUAGCUGCCUGCCAAUGUGAUAUUUUGUGUACAUUCAUGGUGUGCAUGAGGUGUAUUGGAUUUGCUGUGGCAGUCAUUAGAAUAACCUCAUCUUAUGCUGCAUAGAGGAAGAAGCAUGCCACUCGCCUCUUUGGGCAUCUUACUGUAGUAGAGAGACAGUUUGUAAAUACUGUCAAUCAUAAAGUGUUAUUAUUUUUAUACCUUUAUUAAAAUGUCAGCAAGCAUUCUGUUUUCUUUCAGCAAAGUAAAAUGCUGGCCUUGUUACAACACCCUGUCCUGUACAGCCGCCCUACCUGGCUGUGUCUCAGCGAGGUGUGAAAUUUACUAACCUGCUGACCAUUUUGACAGCAGAGUUUUCACACUCAACUUAAAUGGUUCAUUUUUCAGUUUGUUAAUGCUUGUGCUUUCUCCUCUGCUAACCAGGGUUUGAUAGAAAUGGGCUACAAGAAAGGGCUCAGUUGUACAUUUUGAUUAUUGAGUUUGGGGUUUUGGGGAGGGAUGGGAAUAUUAUGAAACAAUUUACCAAUGUAAAAUUUGUAUGUAAGAUAAAGAUUAAAACCCAAUAAACCAUAAUAAA